AUGGCGGAUAUCCCCAACACAGUCGCACAACCCAGCAUCGCUGCACUUCCACCCCCAACAAUCCGACAACUGGGCUCCGGCCAAGUCCUCAUCGAUCACAGCUCCGUGGUAAAAGAGCUCAUCGACAACGCUCUCGAUGCCCGUGCAAAAAGCAUCUUCAUCGAUAUUUCCGCCAACACGCUUGAUUCCAUCCAAGUCAAAGAUGACGGUCACGGCAUCCCAAGUGACGACCAAUCUCUCGUCUGCCGCCGUUACUGCACCAGCAAAAUAAGAGAUUUGAACGAUUUGAGAGAACUAGGAGGGAAAUGGCUGGGCUUCCGUGGCGAGGCGCUGGCAAGUAUGGCGGAGAUGAGCAGCGCGUUUAGUGUGACGACGAGAGUGGAGGGUGACCCUGUUGCUGUCAAAUUGAAGUAUAGUCGGGAUGGGGAGCUUGAAUCUGUUGCGCAUGAUUCACAUCCUGUUGGCACGACUGUCAAAGUAAUGGGGUUCUUGGAGCAUAUACCUGUUCGGAAGCAGAUGGCGAUUAAGGAUGCGGCAAAGUGUUUGGGGAAGAUUCGACGAGUGAUGCAGGCGUAUGCGCUUGCAAGGCCAAGUGCUCGGUUUAGGCUUCGCGUGCUUAAGGCUAAGAAUCGUAAUGGCGACUUUAGUUAUGCGCCAAAAGCGCAUGCUACGGUCGGCGAUGCUGUGCUGAAGAUUUUCGGUAGAGACUGCGCUGCUCAGUGCAGUUUCACUACUGUGGAAGCUGAUGGCUUUGAGAUUCGCGCUUUUCUACCCAAGCCAACUGCAGUUGGGUCGAAGAUUUCAGGUCAUUGCAGCUUUGUCGCGGUCGAUGCACGGCCGGUGUCGAGUAACCGUGGCACUAUCAAGCAGAUGGUUCAUGCUUGCAAACAGCGACUUGGGAAGGCGAAUCCCUCUCUUGCAGGUCCGACCAAAGACGACGUCAUGUUUGAGGACAGUAACAUUGUUUUGAGGGUCUGGGAAGAGUUGCUGGAUUCCUUGUAUACUGAAGCAGUCGUUAAUCUCGAUGAGCCAGACGACGUGGUCGAUCAAAAUCCGAACGAAGCUAUAUUUGAAUCGCACAACACAAGUGAUCAGAACGAGGCGUCAGUCCCUGCGCCGCAACCAAGGUGGAGACACAGCAUGUACGGCAUUGAUGAAGAGGAUCUGGAGUUUUUACAGGACGACCGUACUCCGAUCAUUGACGAAGAAGAAGGACGCCACGCCGCAGAAGUAUCCAAUCCUUGGACUAUUACUCGAAUGAACGCUGCGAUCAAACCCAGGGCGCCCGCUAACAAUGUCCAACUUUUGAGUCCAGUGAAAAGUACUGGAAAUGUUGAUUCAAGUUCUAGUCCCUCGAGAGUACCUGCAACGCCUAACCGAGUGGUUUCAGCAGAACCUUUGACGCCUCAGACAUCUUCGAAGGCGAAUACGGUGCAAUCACUGCUUGAUGAUGAGCUUGAGCGUAGCAUACAACGCCUACCUCCGCCAUCAUUGGUAGCAGAAAGUAUUAGUGACUGGGUUUUGGAUCGCCUGGGAGGCCAAGCGAUCGAUGGUACAGGUACACAUGUUGCAGGAGGAGAAGUACCAAGUUCUGUCCUACGGUCUGAGACUCAGGCACCGGAACCCCGGACAUCGCAAUUGAGUCAAUACCGCAAUAUAGCCACUGGUACAGUUUCUCCAGGCGAAGGUCCUCUCAACCAAAAUCAACCCGCAGUGCGGAGGACUACUCGUCAAAAGAAAACCAAGGACGCUACGACAGCAUAUCGUCCGCCAGGCAAUUCACAAAAGCGCUUAGCGGGAGUGUCAGAGAUGGCUGGGGGGCGGAUUGUGGAGUGGGUGGGUAGGAUAGAUGGGAAACUGUGUGGUAUGUAUGAGAGAGCGAGGGGUGCGGAUGAGAUAAGGGUGGUUAUGGAAGAAGGGAUGAGGAAGGCGUUGGAAGGGAUUGAAUGGGAGGACGAAGAAGAACAGGGGGACGAAGAGAUGUUAAUGGAUACGUAA